AUCCAGGCAGGGGCCUGUUUACGGUCAACUCCAGUGAGAGACCGAUCUGCGUGUCUGCAGACCAGGCUACCUCAGCCAUUUUGUCUCUGCGCCUCUUCGCCAUGGCGGAGAUGGACGACGGUGAUGAGCCGGGUUUAGUUCACACUCGCAGCGGUUCUUCUGGAUCCAAAUCAGGGGGAGACAAGAUGUUUUCCCUCAAGAAGUGGAAUGCGGUGGCCAUGUGGAGCUGGGAUGUGGAGUGUGACACCUGCGCUAUUUGUCGGGUUCAAGUAAUGGAUGCAUGCUUGAGAUGCCAGGCUGAAAACAAACAAGAGGACUGUGUUGUGGUAUGGGGAGAGUGCAACCACUCCUUCCACAAUUGCUGCAUGUCCCUCUGGGUGAAGCAGAACAAUAGAUGCCCAUUAUGCCAACAGGACUGGGUGGUACAGAGGAUCGGCAAGUGAGGAUUCAAGCUUUGGACCCACAUUUCCUCCAUCCACUUUGGGACUACUCUGCUUGGGGAGACCGGACUGAUUAUCAGAGCAUCUCCAGCUGCUGAAUGUGUAGGAAAAUCUGUGUGCAUGUGUGCGUGUGUGACUGUCAAAGUGAAACCAAGGAUGUAGGCAGAAAUCCAGGUGACACUGGUUAGCUUUACCAUUCUGUCACCUCAUACAGCAUUAAGAAGAACCAGCCAGAAGAGCUCCAGGAUACAACAGAUUCACUUAGGUGUUUGUGGCAUCAUGUGAUAUUAUAACUGAAGUUGUGCUAUGAAUGUGUGUGUUUAAGUGUGUUAGAAAUAAAAACAAAUCUCAAUG